ACGUCCGAGAAGAUGCGCAAGGCGGCGGCACACUGGAAGGCGAAGCAUGCGGCCGCGGCAAAGGAGGCGGCGAGGACGGAGGCGGCGGCGGCGGGCGCUGCGAAGGCCGAGGUCGAGGCGAGGCUGGCGGAGGCGGAGGCGAGGCUGGCGGCGGCGGCGGAGACGGAGACGGAGACCGAGACGGCGGCGAGUCAGCUGGCGGCGGCAGAGGCGGCCAAGGCGGAGGCGGUUGCCGCGAGCGCUGCCUCCGCCUCCGAGGUUGCGGCGCUGAGCGAGAAGCUCUCGGCGGCCGAGGCGACGUCCGAGAAGCUGCGCAAGGCGGCGGCCCACUGGAAGGCGAAGCAUGCGGCCGCGGCAAAGGAGGCGGCGAGGACGGAGGCGGCGGCGGCGGGCGCUGCGAAGGCCGAGGUCGAGGCGAGGCUGGCGGAGGCGGAGGCGAGGCUGGCGGCGGCGGCGGAGAGUGCCAAGGCUGAGACGGCGGCGGCGGAGGCGGCCAAGGCGGAGGCGGAGGCGAUCGGCAACGCCAAGGUGGAGGCGGAGGCGGUGGCCCAGAAGAUGCGCAAGGCGGCGGCACACUGGAAGGCGAAGGCGGAGGCGGCGCAGCAGGCAGCGCCGGCCGAGGGGUCUGACGCUGCGAGCCAGGUGGCUGCGGCGGAGGCGGCGGCGGAGGCGGCGAGGACGGAGGCGGCGGCGGCGGGCGUUGCGAAGGCCGAGGUGGAGGCGAGGCUGGCGGAGGCGGAGGCGAGGCUGGCGGCGGCGGCGGAGAGUGCCAAGGCUGAGACGGCGGCGGCGGAGGCGGCCAAGGCGGAGGCGGAGGCGAUCGGCAACGCCAAGGUGGAGGCGGAGGCGGUGGCCCAGAAGAUGCGCAAGGCGGCGGCACACUGGAAGGCGAAGGCGGAGGCGGCGCAGCAGGCAGCGCCGGCCGAGGCGGGCCAGAGCGCUGACCAGCCCAACGAGGCUGCCGACCAGACCUCCCGCGUGGCGGAGCUGGAGAAGAAGCUGGAGAGCAUGGAGGCGGCCGUGGAGAAGCUGCGGAAGGCGGCGCGCCACUGGAAGUCGAGGUUCGAUGAGGUUUCGGGGGCCAAGCAGAGCUCGUAGGCUCAGGCGCACGGCGUGAAAUGCUCCGAUAUGCGCACGCACGCGUGCACACGUUCGUUGUACGGUAUCGGUUUGUUUUGGCGCCCCCCCUGCCAAAACUCCCUCGCACAACACUGGGCCGCGGUGACUCGAGGAGGCCGCCGGGGCCCGGGCGCGUGUCUUGAAGGUCCGAUACUGGAAGCCCAUGCAGGCC